GACAUGGAGCCGCAGGUGCUUACCUACGGACAGUGUCCCUCCGCCAAGUGGACCCUAGUGCCUCAGAACUUCCCAUCGAUGGAUGGCCGUUAUCUCUUCAACAUCGAAUAUAACGGAACUGGAUUGUUUUUAUGAAGUUUCACCUCCUUCGACUACGACUUUGGCAUUGACAUUGUCCUAUAUGAUUUUCCUUGUUCUGGAGGUUUGUAUUUCUUUCUAGUAAUAUACAAGCACUAGAAACUACAGCUAGAAGGAGGAGCUGAAUCCUCGUUUCUGAAUACUUGAUAGAUUCUUGACGUAGCUUUUCAUCCUUCGAAUUCGAUGAAGUGAGAAUCGCUCCACAUCGCGCUGCACCUCCGCCUUUCAUACCAUCUUGCCGUAACAACGUGCGACGAGCCUGUGUCUGUCACGCCAACGAUUUCGACUAACGACACUAUGAGUAGCGAAAGCCUUCCGAAUCGAGAUUGUCAUCUUAAGGCUACAUACAUCUUAAGGCUUCCCCUGAUCCGUCUCUAUAGGGAUCGACUCAUCAAGCGUAUGCGCACCAAUACAAGGGGGAGAAUACACUUGAGGCAUAUUGUUCAGAGGUCUACUACUAUUCUCUCGCAUACUGUUGAGAGGUCUAGUACUCCACAGGGAUGAAUUACGGAGAGGUCUAAUCGUCAUGCAUUUCCCAUGGCCACGACACCGGUGCUCUUGACGCGUACGAGCCCCACCCUAUUCGAGCUGCGCUGGAACAACAACACCUAC